AAACAAAUUGCAGCCGCUUAACGGGCAGGGACUACCGUAACUGAAAUAUGCCAUGACAUAAGGUUCCUUGCGACUUAAGCACCAAAACCGAACCACAUAAGCCUGAAGCAGAGUAUUCUAUACGAAAUGGAUUUUAGCUUUGUCGAGGGGGACGUAUCCGGCCGGCGAUCGGAGCAGCGCCAACCGCAACCACAGCCACAGCCGCAGGGCAACCAGCAGCCGCCCAGGCCCCUUAUCCAAUUGCCCUCCUGGCAAGAGGUUCAGGCAGCGAACCGGCCGAGCGCUCAAACCAUCCUUUUCCGGCCCACGGGCCUGCUGGCCUCUGUAAGGCAGCAGCAGCAACAGCAGCAGCAGCAACAGCAGCAGCAGCAACAGCAGCAGCAGCAACAGCAGCAGCAGCAACAACAGCAGCAACCGCACCACGGGGCGAGGCCACCAGCAGCAGCAGCAGCAGCGGGGCCCACAGGAGCUGCGGGUUACGGAGCGGGGCCAGGAC